GCGAGGGGCGCCGGCCCGGCCUCCGGGGCCCGCCCCGCCCCGCCCCGCGGACGGCGCUUCCUGGUCGGCGCAGCCAUGGCCGAGGAGCAGCCGCAGGUCGAGCUGUUCGUGAAGGCUGGCAGUGAUGGAGCCAAGAUCGGGAACUGCCCCUUCUCCCAGAGACUGUUCAUGGUGCUCUGGCUCAAGGGCGUCACCUUCAACGUCACCACCGUUGACACCAAGAGGCGAACCGAGACAGUACAGAAGCUGUGCCCAGGGGGGCAGCUCCCUUUCCUGCUGUAUGGCACCGAGGUGCACACGGACACCAACAAGAUCGAGGAGUUUCUGGAGGCAGUGCUGUGUCCUCCCAGGUACCCCAAGCUGGCAGCUCUGAACCCCGAAUCAAACACAGCUGGCCUGGACAUAUUUGCCAAGUUUUCUGCCUACAUCAAGAACUCAAACCCAGCGCUCAAUGACAACCUGGAGAAGGGGCUCCUGAAGGCCCUGAAAGUGUUAGACAACUACCUGGCAGCCCCGCUCCCCGAGGAAGUGGAUGAGACCAGUGCUGAGGACGAGGGUGUCUCUCAGAGGAAGUUUCUGGAUGGAAACGAGCUCACUCUGGCUGACUGCAACCUGCUGCCCAAGCUCCACAUCGUGCAGGUGGUGUGUAAGAAGUACCGCGGAUUCUCCAUCCCCGAGGCCUUCCGUGGCGUGCACCGGUACUUGCGCAAUGCCUAUGCGCGCGAAGAGUUCGCCUCCACCUGUCCCGACGACGAGGAGAUUGAGCUGGCCUAUGAGCAAGUGGCCAAGGCCCUCAAAUAAGCUCCUUCGGGCUCCCUCUGCCCCCCCCCCCCCCCAAAGGCCCCGGUGGUUUCCCUUGGCUACCCAAGGGACACACUCCGUCCAGUGGGCAGUGAACGCUGGAGACUUGCGCAGGCCUGCCUGGGGUGCAGGGAAGGAUGGGGAUCUGGGUGAGGUUUUUAUCGUGGGGUGGGGUGGGGUGGGGUGGGAUAGAUUGGCAGGACAUGUAUUUCAGUAAUAAAAUACAGAAUGAAAA